AUGUGGAAAAUAUCAGCCGUGAUUAUAGCAUGCGUAUCUUUUUUGGUACUUCCCCAAGGAGGAAUAUACCCUAAAACCCCAGGAUUGGAACUACCUACUGCACCUGGACCGUUCUCGGCACUUGGACCCAUCGCAGCACCUGGACCAUUACCAGUACCAGAAACUAUCGCAGCACCUGGACCCAUCCCAACACCUGAAGCGAUCCCAGCACCUGAACCAAUACCAGUACCAGUACCAGAAACUAUAGCAGCACCUGGACCCAUCCCAACCCCUGAAACUGCCUUGCAGCCAUUCCAAGACUCAGAAAGAAUUGUAGCUGGAACCUGCGCUAGAACAAAGAAAGCAGAGUAUGCAGUGUCCCGGGCAUUUCAACGGAGAACAUCACAAGAACGCGAGUAUUUCUGGAUGCUACUUGGUGGUCCCCUGUUCCUCAGCCUGAUCACACUUACUGCGUGUGUGACUGUGUGGUGCCACCUUCGGCGAGUUUCGUACAGGGAACAUGAGAGAACACAGAAACCGGCACAGUCCAAGAUGUCAGUACACCAGUGGGAAUGUGUACAGCUAGAGAUGAGAGACGUGCUGGCGAAAGUGCAAAAAUCGGUAGAACUACGUGCACAGGUCCAGAAGGAGCUUCACACAUCCUCUCUUAUGGUGAAGGAAAGAGACGAAAAACUUGUUCAAUUAAGGAAUGAGUUGGAUAAAAUUACCAUGAUUGUGAAGGCUCAAGGAGAAUGUUGCAAUCAGUUAGUCAGUGAUUCCACCAGGACAGCCGAGAUGGAGGAGGAAGAACAACCUCCCCACAUUCAGGAACCAGCAAUGUCAGUAGACAAUUCCGUUAAAAGUAGAGGAAGAAGACGACGACCACCACGACGACUACGACGAAAAUGA